CACGCGCUCAGUCGCCCGUUUCCUCGGUCCCGUCGCCGAACCUCUGUUCUGUUUCCUCCUCUGGUCUGACCUUCUGAAUAACUCUAACCGCGACCUGGACCCGGACCUGGACCUGGACCUGGACCGGGACCUGGUAACGAGACCCGGAGCCAACAACCCGUGAACUCACCUGAGGAGUUCCUGGCACCUGUGCACGGAGAGACCUGCGCACCUGUCUGUGGCGCGGCAGCAGAGCGCGAGACCUAGACGGAGUAAACAACAACAACGACAACAACAACAACAACAACAACAACAAUAAUAACUCGUUCACGCAAACAUGGAUUUACUGGACUCCGGACAGAAGUUCAGCCCGAGACAGGACCAGGACUGGGACCCCGCCCUCCAGUUCCUACCGGCCUCCGACACCACGCGGCUGGAGAAGAAGCCGGGCCGCAGGAGGGCGCUGUGGGUGGGCGGCGGCCUGCUGCUGGCGGCGGGCGGCGUGGCGCUGAUAAGCGGACUGCUGGUCUGGCACUUCCACUUACGCCGUGACGUCAGAGUGAAGAAGGUCUACAUCGGCUCCAUGGAGAUCAACAACCAGCCCUUCCUGCUGGACUACGAAGAACCCGGCAGUCCCCAGUUCACUCACCUGGCCUCUCUGGUCAGCCGGCAGCUGAAACUGAUUUACUCGAAAAACUCCGUGCUGGCCAAACACUUCAAAGGCUCCACGGUCCAGGCCUUCAGCGAGGGAGGAGGAGGAGGAGGAGGAGGAGGAGUCGUGGCGUACUACCAGUCGGAGUUCGACGUGCACGUCCUCCAGCAGGGGGCGCUGGACGAAGCCAUCGAGUCUCUGGAGCCGUCGGCAGCCAGCGCGCCGCGUCAGAGCCGCGUGCUGCUGAGGCCCAGAGACGCCCUCGACGUCAACAACGUGGUCUCCAGAGCGAUCGACCCGCGCAUGGCGAGGACGUCUCUGACCGUGAAGAAGUCGUUCAGCCUCCACGUCAGCACGCCGGGGGUCCUCCAGUCCCCGGGGUUCCCCGACUCCUCCUACCCCCCCAACGUGUACCUGCAGUGGAGGCUGAGGGCCGACCCGGGACACCGAGUCCGUCUGGACUUCCACACGCUGAUCCUGGAGGACGACUGCCAGAACGACUUCAUCCAGAUCUACGACUCGCUGGCCCCCAUCGGGAAGAGGGUCCUGACAGAGCAGUGCGGGUACCCUCAUGAGUCCCUGACCUUCCUGUCCUCGGGGAACGUGCUGCUGCUGGUUCUGGUCACCAGCGAGGAGAAUAACUUCCCCGGCUUCAGGGCCAACUACUCCCAGAUCCCCGUGAACCAGCAAGAGUGUGGAGGAACGCUGACCGCAGACAAAGGCUCCUUCUCGUCGCCUUUCUUCCCCUCCAACUACCCUCCUGACACCUCGUGUGUCUGGACCAUCCAGGCCCCCAAAGAAAAGUUUGUGAGGGUCCAGUUCCAGAAGUUCUUCUUGGGAAACGACAGCAGUCGUUGCCGCGGUGACUACGUGGAGGUCGACGGCCAGAGGUUGUGUGGCAGGAAGCUGAAGAGCGCCGUGGUGACCGGCCGGAGCAACGCCAUGACCAUCAGCUUCCACUCCGACUCGUCCUACGUUGACCAGGGCUUCAGCGCCGAGUACGAGGCCUUCGUCCCGACCAAUCCGUGCCCCGGGAGGUUCCAGUGCACCAACAACAUGUGCAUCAACCGGACGCUGCGCUGCGACGGCUGGAACGACUGCGGAGACGGCAGCGACGAGGACCAGUGCAAUUGCCACGCGGCGCAGUUGAAGUGCAACAACGGCCGCUGCAAACCGAAGUUCUGGCUGUGCGACGGGUUCGACGACUGCGGAGACGCCACGGACGAGGAGGACUGUGAGAAGUGCAGAGCGGGAGAGUUCUCCUGCAGGAACCACCGCUGCGUCCCCGAGGCGUUCAAGUGCAACGGGAAAGACGACUGCUCCGACGGGUCGGACGAGUCCAGGUGUGAGAAAUCUCUGGUUCUGCAGCAGUGUUCUGAGUUCACGUUCCGCUGUAGAACCGGACGCUGCAUCAGCAAACUGAACCCGGAGUGUGACGGAGAACCGGACUGUGAGGACGGUUCUGAUGAGGACCACUGUGAGUGUGGGACGAAGCCGUACCGGAGCUCCCGCAUUGUGGGCGGAGUCGCGUCCCAGGAGGGGGAGUGGCCGUGGCAGGUCAGCCUCCAGGUCCGGGGCACCGGCCACGUGUGCGGCGCCUCGGUGUUGAGUAACCGCUGGCUGCUGACCGCCGCCCACUGCGUGCAGGACAGCGGCGCGGACAGGUACUCCCAGGCCGACCAAUGGGAGGUGCUGCUGGGUCUGCAUGAGCAGAGUCAGACCAGCGAGUGGACGGUGAGGAGGGGCGUGAGGCGGAUCGUCGCCCACGGCGACUACAACACCGUAACCUACGACAACGACAUCGCCGUCAUGGAGCUGGACGCCAACGUGACCCUGAACCAGAACAUCUGGCCCAUCUGUCUGCCCUCCGCCUCCUACGACUUCCCCGCGGGCCGGGAGGCCUGGAUCACCGGCUGGGGGGCCACCAGGGAGGGAGGCCUCGCGGCCAGCGUCCUGCAGAAGGCCGAGGUUCGGAUCAUCAACAGCACGGUGUGCAAGAGUCUGAUGGACGGCGGCGUCACCGACAGGAUGCUGUGUGCCGGGGUCCUCAAAGGGGGCGUGGACGCCUGUCAGGGCGACUCGGGCGGCCCGCUGUCCGUCACCGGCCCCAGUGGGCGGGCCUUCCUGGCUGGCGUGGUGAGCUGGGGCGACGGCUGCGGCCGCAGGAACCGACCCGGGGUCUACACCCGGGUGACCAAGUACCGGAGCUGGAUCCAGGAGACCACGGGCGUGUAGCGUUCAAGAGCCCAACGGUCAUUCAUCAACGCGUAGAACAUCUGAAGCUUCAUUCUCACCAUCUCAGGAUCUUUUUAUGAUCACGUAUGAAUUUUUACUUUAGCUGAAACACCAGAAACAGUUUUAACAAUCUGUCAAAUAACAAGAUACUUUUAAUAGUUUAAAAGUAUAGAAUAAGCAUUUAGUAAAGAUUAAUAACGCUUUAGGAACAACCAGCGUAUUUGAAGGCUAUAAAAGUAUAGAAAUAACGAGGUUGAUGUUGUGAUCUGAGAUGAUUGACAGUAUGAACUAAUGCAGAUAAUGAGGUUAUGUAUAUUUUUAUUAGGGCUGUCAGCGUUAACGCGUUAAUCUAUGCGAUUAAUUUGGCCGAUUAACGCACUAAAAUAUUUUAGCGCAAUUAACGCAACUUUGUUUACUUCCGGUGUGCGUUGAAGUUGUUUCACUCCUGUGAGUGUCAAGCCGCGGCAGUCCGCCUCCUUCCUCCCGUCUGCUCCUCCAUAUUCACAGAGAAGCAGAGGGCGACGUGUCGGUGACGCGGGGCGGAAGGGAAAGGGGACUUUUUUUUCUUCUUUUUCGCCCCGAUGCGCGCGCAGACACGCCGGCAUGGAGCUCUGCGGCGCGACGGAGAGCCGAGAAGAGUGAACGACACUAGAGACAGAAUGACAUGCUGCUGUAGAGACGACCAACAACAAACGUUUAGUUUAAUACAAGAACAAAGACGUCUUUAAGGAAAGAACCGUACAUUACUUCUGCUGUAAUCUGGCGCGAUAGAGAACAUGACAGGGGGGCGGGGCCUCACCCUGAUAGAAUGGUGGGGGAAACACUGGGAUGUGUCACAUGCAAAAGCCUUUAAAAGGUGAAUUUACAUUGUUUUGUAAAAUCGAGAAAAUGAGCCCAGACUCCAGAGGGUUAACGUGACAUAUUUGUCAGUUUACCAAGGCCACUGGUUCUGCUGCUGUUCAGUGUUAAAGAUGACAGGACCAAUGGGGUCUCUCAUACACCUUGUUUACUAAUCUGAUGUUUCACUGAAGAAACAAUUUAUCAUCCACGAUAUUAAAUCCCUCGCUGGCACUUUAUAGGUCGGAGCCUCUUUGAAAACACAGCUGUGUGAAGUUUUGUCUUUAAAAAAGAAUACAAUUAAACAAGUGUCUAAAAUACA